UACUUCUGCUACGUUUCCAAUCGAGUCUUGAGAUUCAGAAACCAAGGACACUUCCUUUAUUCAUAUAAACUACCCAGGGAAAUGUGGACUGCAAACCGCGCCAGCCAGCCUCAGCGACCUCAACACACUGCUAGCAUCAGUGUAGCCUCAAUCCGCUCCAACAGCAGCCGACCCACAUCAGUGGCAUCCCCUCAGCCUCAAGUGAUCCGCCAGGUAUCCCGAGGAUACGAGUCUGAUCAGUCGUCUGAUACGGCCGCCGAAGAAGAAUAUAACAGUAAUAACAUGCCCGCCAUGUGGCAGAGCCGAAGACAAGAAAGCGGCUCCGCAGUUAACCGCCUAAGCCAAAAGUUUGGUGGAGCAACCGCAACUACACCUCUACCUACACGAACUCCGGACGUGCACGAGAUUUCUUUGGAUGACGAUACCCGCUCGCGCUCUUCUACCCUAAACGGCGACGACCGCGAAUUCGAAUUCCCGGAGAAGACAAUCAGCGUGCUUCCCAAGCAACACAUCAAGAUGGACAAAGUCAUGGAGGAGAUUCCCGCUUCCGUGCCAGCACGCACCUCUACCAAUCCCACCCAUGUCCCUGGACCUCUGGAAUCACAACUCGCUGCCCUAAUGUCUAAAGUCGUCUUCAUGGAACGCAAGAACCCCGUAGCCUCCGUUACCCCCGAAGACUACGAGGAGAUGACUGCACGCCUCAAGGCUCUCGAGACGGAGAAGAAACAAUGGACAAAGCGCCACGAAGCUAUCUGGGCCCUUCGUGACGAGGACGUCGAGAACAACAUCAAGAUCCGCGGUUACCUCGCCAAAGCGCGCCGCGAGCUUGAAGGCAUGACGAAGCUCCGCGACGAGGACCUUAUCAACGUACAAGUUGUGCGUAUCAAGCUCGCCGACGCCACCAGACAGCUUGAUCGCCUACAAAACUCGAGCGGCCGCACCAGCCCAUCGUCCCGCAGGCCAGGCAGCACAUUCAUGGAGAGGAGAGACACAGCAGACCUCUUCGCCGUUGCCAAAGCGGCAGCACUCGAGCAACGCGCUCUCGAGCUCGAGAAGCGCAACACAGACCUUCUGUCUCAGAUCGAGUCACUCAAGGGCGGUGCUAGCAUCGAUGACCUCAACCGCAUGACCGCCCACCAAGCCUGGAAGGACACGGUCGAGAAGUUGGAGCAGAAGCUCAAAUCCCGCGAUGCCGAGAUUCUGAGACUCCGCGGUGGUGGUGCCGUAGUCAGCACCGGCGCUCCGUCCUCGGGCGAGUGGCAGCGCGUCGAGAUGCUCCACGAAGAGCACGGCGCCUACAGGGAGAGAAUGGGAGGCAAGUUGCAGCAGCUCCGCAGCGAGAAGGAGGCGCUGCAAAAGGAGCUGCAUCGCAAGGAGGACGAGUGCCACGGGCUCGAGGCCAAGAUCCAAAGCAUGCGGAGAAGCAUGGGGAUCAUGGCGUAG